GUGUUCUGCUCUUCUUUUUCUUCCCCUGCACCGAGCAAAAAAAAAAAGGGGGGGAAACCAAGCAAGCCGACAGCCUCCCAUGAAGAGAAACCGGUUGAAAGCUUGAAGAUUUCUCCUUCUUUUCUUGUUCUAGAACCCAGAAAUCUUUCCCCUCUGCAGAGAACCCCGGAUCUGCUCUGUUCUUCCUUCCUCACCGCCGGCUGCUCCUGCUUUGUGGGGGCGAAUUGCUUUGAUUUUCCGCCGUGAGCUUUCUUCUUCCAUGCCGUCGGCCUUCCCCAAUCUGCAGCUCCGCUUGUUUUGUCUCCGAUGUGGUCAUGUUAUUAGUGACCCUGCUAGUGGGGAUUAUACGCUAGCACAUGUCGACAUGUUAGUGAUAGAAUUGGUUCGUUGAGUGACCCUGCUAGUGGGGAUUAUACACUAGUAAAUCGUGUGCCUGCCAGUGGGAGGUUUAUAACACUGGCCGUGAUCUAUAGAGGAGACGUCUAUUUCGUUCCCGUACUGUAUCCGUUUUUCGUGAUUACACUUGUUGGCAUGCUAUAAGUUUAAUUAAGGGGCACUCCAUAUUUACUUACUGAGUGUAUCUCAUAGUUUUUCCUUGUCCACCAUUUCAGGAAGUGAAACCGAGGACGGGGAAACCACGGAAAGUGAUGAGUUAGAAGGCUAGCCAUUUCGAGAUUGAUAUAGAUUCUAGAAAUAAAUCGUUAUCUUGUAA